CUCUUAAAUGUGAGCACUCAGAACAGAGCUCCAGACCUUAUUUUGACUCAGACUCUGAGUUCUGGAUCAUUUGGUUCAAACUAUUUUUAAUCGUAGUUUGUUAUGGUAUACAAAAACCUGUGCGAACAUAGCUGCAGUCCAUGUGAAGAAGCUUGAACCUUUAUUAAUCUGAGGAUGACUAGAGACGCAUUAGCUGUCACUAUCGUGGUCUUGUGGCUGCUCUGCAAUCCGGCGAGGAUCAGGGGAAACGGGGGAUUUCAAGGCGCCAUUCCUCACCCAAAUAAAUACAGUCCAAACCAGUCGGAACAGUCACCGCAGACACCGCAGGCCGGUUCCAGGGGAACGGGACCGCCUUCAGUCGGGGACGAGGUGCUGGACUCCAGCCAGGAGGCUUUACACGUAACGGAGCGCCGUUACCUCAAACUUGACUGGUGUAAAACGCAGCCGCUGAAACUGAUGAUCUACGAGGACGGCUGCCAGCCCCGCGCCAUCAUCAACCGCUUUUGUUACGGACAGUGCAACUCUUUCUACAUACCUCGGCACGUUUAUCAAGAGGACAACGCGUUUCAGUCGUGCUCCGUGUGUAAGCCGAAGAGUUUCACUACCGUUACGUACACGCUCAACUGUCCCGGGCAGACUCCCAGUACCAAGAAAAAGCGCGUCCGCCGCGUCAAACAGUGCCGCUGUACUUCUGUCGACUUGGAUUAAACGUGCUGACGUCAUUGUUGAGCAUGAUCGAUUUCAGUCAUCAAAAUGUGUUUUUUAUAUUGUGAAGAAGAAGUACAACUGAUGCUAUUAAAUGUACUAUAAAACAAGUUGGAUAAGUUAUAAUACUAUAAAAUAGUGACAUAUUAAAAAUAUGCUUAUUUUAUUACAUUAUUCUCCACUGUGUGGAGCAAAAUUUGCGCAUUGAUGCAAACAGCUUAUUUUGUGGCUUGAUUUGUAAUGUGUGAUACAUACAUAUUAGGCUAUGGGUGUACAUAAGCAAGUUUUUAAAAAAUCCAUUCCAUAAUAUUUUUUCUUGGUCUUUAUACAAUACUGCAAUGUAAAAAGAAUGUGGUGCCAAUGUACAGCCUUUUUCAUCACUUGAUGAAGAAAAUCUAGGUAAAAACAGGUGAAAUACAUUGAAAAAUUGUUUUUAUAUUAAUAAAACUUUGUACAGGCUGCGCUUAUUGUAAAAGGAACAAUAUUACUGUGAUUAAAUGGCAAUAAGAUGUGAUGAAGCAACGUAACUGUCAUGUCCAUCAAAAUAAAACUGAUAGAGAAGUUUAUAUUAUAUUCUUUCACAUGUACAUUAUCUUUGUUUUGUAAUAUUCUCUGAUGAUUUAAUAUGAGCAUAAAAAGUUACUCAACCUUGUUACUCAAUAUACUAAAUAAAAUUACAGCCUUUUUUAAAUCGAACGUUGAGACUGCUUUUUUCAACCCGGUGGUGAAAAUCCCUGAACUGAUUGAGCUGACUUGUAAUAUAAACAUUUUUUAAAUGUUUCUCAUUUUGAACAGCAUUCAUUUAUAUCUGAAACAUGGUCAAAGGGAUUUUUGUUGGGUUAUAGAUGGGAUCCACUACAUUGACAGACAGGCUGUCAUCCUCUAACAUUGCAGUUUUGAGGAAAAGUGUCACACAAACAGGUGCACCUCAUUCUGACCCUGCCAAAAUGCAAGUGCCUGGGUCUUAUACUAUUUUUAUUUAUUUUUUUAUAUAUAUUUUUUAAUCUCUUCUGCUCA